AUGGUCCGAAUUUCUGUGCUCAACGACACGUUAAAGACGUCGGCGUCAAAGGUUGGCUCUCAAAGUCCACUCGUCGCCUUCCUCGAGAGAAGUCCUUUUGAACGCGCAUCAAAGUGUCGAUGUGUCGUCUCUCUCGCGAGUAAAUUUUGUACUCACACAACCGCUCUCUUUUUCUUUAUCAUCAUCACUACGCAGGCGAUGUACAACGCCGAAAAGCGUGGAAAGCGUCAGGUAUUAGUCCGCCCGGUGUCCAAGGUGGUCAUUAAAUUCUUACAAGUCAUGCAAAAGCACGGCUACAUCAACGAGUUCGAAUACAUCGACGAUCACAGAGCGGGUAAGAUUGUCGUCGAGCUGAACGGGAGAAUCAACAAGUGCGGCGUCAUCUCGCCGAGAUAUGAUUUGUCGCACCACGACAUCGAGGAGUGGGUCGGGCGCUUGUUGCCGUCUCGUUUGUUCGGUACCAUCGUCAUGACGACUUCGUCGGGGAUCAUGGACCACGAGGAAGCGAGACGCCGCAAGGUUGGGGGCAAGGUGCUCGGGUUUUUCUAUUAA